AUGGGCAGUGCAGAGAGGCUAUACUGCAUGGAAAAAGUCUUGGCACAUUACUUUACUGGAAAACCAUUGACGGACCAGGAACUUCGCAAACUUGCUGCAUCAAUACCGGAAGAGGGUCCACUAAACCGCUCAAGCCGGGACCAAGCUGUCAUGAUCGAUGGAUUAUCUACCGAAACUGUGCAAGUGGCAAAGACCCAAACACACAGCCUGGACAACAAAGAGACUGCAAUAAGACUGACCACCAUACUUCAGGUUACCCAAAAAGAACUAUAUGCUACCAAUACUGAUGUCUCCCUGGAUACACAGCUUCAACUUGACGCUUUGAAUGAUGCACUCAGUUGCUUACCCCCUCAACCCAUUGCAAAGUUUCUACUUGAGGUUUUCUUUCGCUACAUCCAGACAAGCAUAUACUACGUCGAGGAAAAAUGGAUCUACGAAACCCUGGACCGCUGCUGUUCUAGAUCACUGGAUAAUGGACCUGACGACAGCCCGACCGUUUGUAUUUUACUCAUGGUCAUGGCGUGCGGAACUCAAUUUGCACAUAUGGAAUCGUCCAGCAUUUCUAGAGAUACUACUCAAGGUCAUCCGAAACCAAGCCACUUCUCAGAAGACGACAUUGGCCAGACCUUUCACGGGGCGGCUCGCAAGUUGCUUCCGUACAUCAUCGUAUCGCCCUCAUUUCAGUCUGUGCAGGCACUCCUCAUGAUGGCCACGUAUAACUUUUCGUUGGAUCCGAGCGGCACGUCUUAUGCGUAUUUGAGCCAUGCCCUCAGCCUUGGAGUCGAGCAAGGAAUGCAUGACCAGAAGUACUACGACGCAGAGCCAAGCAAGACCUUGGCAGAAGUUAAGAGGCGGGUUUGGUGGACAAUCUACAUCUUGCAGAUGCAACUAAGCAUCAAGUAUGGGCGCCCUCAUUUCCUGGACCCCUUCGAUGUAACUGUCCAGAGACCGGUCGAUAUCCCGGAGCUACAUCCCCUAAAGGAGGUUUCAAGCUUUGAAAAUCAGCUCGGCCUCAUCAAUCUUACGCUCAUGACACAAACCAUAUCUAAACAAACGGCAUUGCUUCGAAAGUCGAAUGAUUCGGCUCACUUCUUCAAAUUGCUCACUAUUCGAAAGGAUCUUAUCAAGUGGAGGGAGCCAUUGCAUUGGGAGGUAGCCUCGAUCAAGCAUAUGGACUUGCGAAGCCUUCGAAAUCAUAUCCAUUUGAGGCUAUACUACUGGAAUACGCGUCUGUCUCUAGGCCAACCAUUUAUGCUUGCGUCUUCAUCACUCGCUGCCUCGUCGGAGUCCGUACCAGAGACGGCACAGUUCAUCGGUCGCGCAGGUCUUGUGAAAGACUCGGUAGACAGUGCUCUGGAGAUCAUCAGCCUGUGUCAGAUGCUGCGCGACCACGUUGGCUUUGCGCGCGCGUCCUAUGUGACCGAGUUCAUGAGCUGCUUCACGGCGGUUCUGGUCCUGUUGGCACAAACCCUGGCACAGCCGAGCCCCUCUAUCCGUGAAGCUCUCUCGCGGGGCCUUGAGUUGAUUAGGACAAUGUCUACUGGCUGCAUGUUGGCAAGAUCCGAAGUAAGUAUCAUAGAGGCAUUGGAGCGGGCCGUUAUUCGGCUCCAAAAUGUUCAGAGGCAAAGGUCCUCUCCCGGCGCACCUAGUCAGGUAGCCCAGGAGGCUACGAAUUACGACACUUUCAAGACCUGGACCCGUCUUUGGAAAAGUACCUCUGGUCUCACACCGCCAGAGCAGACUGCAACUCCUCAUGCCACGGGCUCUUAUGACAAUGCCCAAAGCCUACAGCAGGAUUUUGGUGAAUCGGCAGAUGGAGAUAUGUUCUAUGGACUGCUGCCAAUGGAGCUGAGUCAAUUUGAUGUGAUACCCUUCUUGGACACCGGUUUUGAUUACGAAGACGCAAGUUUUAAUGCAGAAUAA